AUGAGUUGUUGGUCACAUGGUAGCCCACACUCGAUCGAGUACCGAUUCUUCUGCAACAAGUUCGGCUGGAAGAACGAUCUUAAGGAGCUUCUCCGAGAAAUCUACUCCUUCGACAAGCCCGAAGCUGUCAUGCCCAUCACGCGAUCAGGAGCUGGAGGAAAUCUCGUGAUUGUGGAGGAUGAGUCUUCAACUCCCGAUCAGAAAAGCACCCAGCCCUGCGUCGAGAACCAGGCACCGAUUCAAGAGCCACCGACGCCCGUUGAAGGGCAAAAAAGGAAAGAAGGGGAAGAAAGGCAAGAAGGGCAAAAAAGGCAAGAAGGGGAAGAAAGGCAAGAAGGGCAAAAAAGGCAAGAAGGGGAAGAAAGGCAAGAAAAAGAAAGCCUCCCCAAGCCGCCAAGCCCCAAAGCCCCCCAAGCCGCCAAGCCCCAAGCCGCCAAGGAGGAUAUGCCGCCUCCUCGCAAGCGUCAGCGGCGAGGUGGAUACAAGAGGGCCAGGGACCGUAAGUGUCUCACAAGAAAGGUGUUUGCGAGCGCGAUGAAGUCGGAGGGCCAGUAUAAUCAGCGAUUAAUAAGAAUCGUGCAAACGGCAAAAACAUCAGCCAAAUUUAAACGGGUGCCAACCAUACAACAAGCUGAUAUCGACAAGCUCAACAGCCGCGAGAAUCCGGUCAACAAAGAGAUCCUUCGAGCAUUGGGAGGAUACGAUGGGUGGAAGCUAGGACAUGUAUUGAAGGAUCUCUACAAGCAACAGGCAAAAGGCAAAGAAAAACUCCUACUCCCACAUCCCGACUCCAUAGCCAAGGAACAGGCGGAGAAUUUGGAGCAACAGGAGAUUGAAAAUCUCACCGACGAGGAGAUGGAGGAAGAGGAAAGUGUCUUCAAGUGUUAUGAUCACGAUUCGUUCGAGGAGAGGGAGCGACGGAUAAAAAAAGACAAGUUUGCGAUCUCCAGAGUCGCCCUUCUACGAUUCGAGAUUCCCACACUGCUGAAAAACGACAAGGACUUGCGCUACAGGUCACGGUACGUCUGUCUGUACUCAUGGUGGAACGACUGGAUAGAGGGGGUUGCGCCGUUCACAGAUCUAGAGUGUGCCAUAUUCAGCGAGUUCAAGCGUACAAACUCGGCAGGCGGCAAGAUGGCAAAAAAAACGGUGGAUGCCCUCGACAAACUCUGGAAGGAGCGAGAAGAAAGACAACUCAGGCAUCAUCGUUUUAAAAAACAUAUGCAUCUAUACCACCCGCAUCUGACAAAGUCACGAUACAGAGCAAAGAGAAACGCCCUCAUCAAUAGAUUGUCUUUUGCAAAGGUGCUCACCCUGGACAGAUUCAUGAAACACAGCGUUCUCGUCGACCCGGCGGAAGAUUUUGUAAAAUUUAAAGACGAGGAGCAUUUCUCGAAUGCGGUCAUUGUUGCACUCUCGGAUUGGAAGAAGUUUCAAUUGAAGAAGACCGGCAGGGUCACAUAUGGGAGCGAGUACACUGCCAACCCGGCCGCUGGCGAAAAAGUGGACGACUUUGCGGACGCCGUGUCGGAUGAUGACGACAACCACUCGUGGACCACGGCAGAGUCAGACGAGGGGGAAGAGUCCGAAGAAAUCAACACGCUGGUGGCAGCGAUCAACGACUACAAGGGCUUCAUCUUGAAGAAGACAGGGGCUCUCCCCAAUGGAAGCGAAUACACACAAGAGCCCGGCCGGGAGGAGGAUCGCCUCCAAGACUACGCCCAACUCGACGUGCCCGACGACUGGACAGACGAAGAAGACAACGAGGAACCUUAG